CGGUUUAAGGCUGUAGCUGUUGUUUCUGGUGCUUUCCGAUACAUAUUAAAAAAUUUUGAAUUAUGUAGCAAAGCUACAAAAGGUCAUUUUUCCAUUGUUUAUUUUGGAAAAAAUGUACUGACUGAAGUGAAAGUAGCUUUAAAAAGAGUUCAGCUCGCUAAAAUGAUCGAUAAGAAAGCAGCUGAAGAUUGUAAAAGAGAAAUAAUUCUGCUACAAAAACUCGAUCAUCCAAAUGUGAUAAAAUAUAUUUCUCAUUUCACCGAUACUAAUAAUGAUCUUUACAUUGUUUUGGAACUAGCUAGCGCAGGUGAUCUUGCUAAAAUGAUUGAAUAUUUUACACAAAACAAGAAGUUACUAUCAGAGAAAACAAGUUGGAAAUUUUUUAGUCAAAUUUGUACCGGCUUAGAACAUAUGCAUUCAAAACGAAUUAUGCAUAGAGAUAUUAAACCAGCGAAUAUUUUUAUCAAUGCUCAAGGAACUAUAAAACUGGGCGAUCUUGGUUUAGGCCGUUUCUUUCCCAGCGAAAUCGAUUUCACACAUUCUAAACUUGGAACACCCUAUUACAUGUCUCCAGAACGAAUAAACCAACUGGAUCCAGGCUAUAGUUUUCCGGCAGAUAUAUGGUCACUUGGCUGUGUUCUCUAUGAAAUGAUUGCACUUCGAAGUCCCUUCUUCAAGGAAAAUCUAACCCUCUUAGGCUUAUGUAAAAGAAUCGAUGAACUUGAUUAUGCACCAUUACCAAGUAAAUUAUAUUCUCCUGAAUUUCGUGGUUUAGUGAGUCACUGCCUAACAUUAGAACCAAAAGGUCGUCCGGUUAUCGCUGAAGUUACUCAGUUGUCAAUGACAAUGUACAAUAAAUUCUUGAACGAAUCAUCGACAUCGAGUACACCAAUUUCGACAGACAGCAACUCACCAGAUUCUGGUUUUGGAUCAGUAUGA